AUGCACAUCUGCCCAAUCGAUGAACUUGAAAUUCCACAAGAAAAAGAUGAUAUACUGUAUGAAGUGGAUGAGCUUUUGAGCACAUUCCGGGUCAAGGACACUUAUGAGGCAUUUGAGAAACUUCAAUUUAUGUAUGAAGAUGGCGACGAGUCGAUUGAAGUCCUCUUCAGACUCGCCAAAUUCUGUUACAACAAUGCGGACCAAUUGGGGACCGACAAAGAUAAGAUUCAAAUGUUAGAAAUGGGAAAGGAGUACUUGGUCAAGGUCUAUGAAACGGAUAAGGAGAAUUUCCUGGCAGCCAAAUGGCUGGCGUACCUCUCGUUGAAGCUGCUGGCGGUACUUCCAUUCAGGAGUAAAAUGUAUGAAGCUAGGAAGACAAAGGCCUACCUCGACCGCGCAAUCGCACUCCAUCCCAUGGCGUGGUACCUUCAACAUCUACGCGGUCGUUGGUAUCACGAAUUUGCCAAUUUGUCAUGGAUCAAACGUAAAAUAAGCGUUUGCCUGGGAUGCACUGCUCCAGAAGGGACCCUCGAGGAAGCAAUCGAUAACUAUAGAUCCGCCCAGCAGUUAUUCGGCGAUUCACUGAGAAACCAUGUCUUCUUGGGCAUUGCUCUGUUUGAAGACGGCCGGAAAUUUGCUGCAAAACGAUAUUUCCAUCGAAUCCAGAUAAAUCGGCUUAAAGCUAAGAGGUCGGUGCUGGCAGUCAAAGCUAGAUCUGUUAACUUUGACCCAACUUAUCUCGGUUACUGUUUGAAUGAGAAUGUUGCCCGUACAUGUACAUUAAAGAAUGUACAUUAA